AUGACUUGUACUCAAAGAGACUUGCUGCUAAAAGAUAUACUAAACUCGAUACUCAAGUUCCAUUAUUUUGAUGAGAUAGUAGAAAUUUCAGAAAAGGAUCUAAUUUCGCAUCAUGAUGCCCUUAAAUUGAACAAAAUAGUUGAUUAUUUGGUUGAGUAUGUGAGAGGGUUGCUCGAGGUUUUUGAUGAUAUCAAGACUCGUGAUAAAGAAGAGGAUUUAGAAUGGUAUUACCAAGGUAGAAUAGAAGUGUAUGAGAUUGGACAAAACCUAGACAGUAUAGAUUCUAUCUUAUCUCAAAUAGUGGGUGUGAUUGACAAAAACAUCAACCAGAGCCAUGUCGACCAGAUUUUGUCGAAAUGUGAGGAUAUUAGUGAUUUACUUCUUAAUGCUAAAGCCUGUGCAAUCAUGUGUAAGAAGAAAGCUAAUGCAUCUGUCAAUUUUAAGGAAUUGAAAGAAAACACAAUUCAAUCCUUAGACAAAGAAUUAGAUGAUUGUUUGAAAGAACUUGAAAGUCUCUAUGAAAGAAAGCUUUCUAGUCCUAGAAAGUACCUUACAAAGUUUAAUUUACAAGAAAUAAUGACGAAAAUGAGAAUAAAUGAUCUUUCGCUCGGAAAUCAAUUACUGUUAGAAACAAUAAGGUUGCCAACGUUUAAUGAAUUUGAUGAAUCCCUUUAUAAUGAUUAUAUGACUUUAAAAAUGAGAAUUGGCCCUCUCGAAAUGUCCCUAGUGUAUUUGCAGAUGAGAAUAGAUGAAUUUAAAGCUGCGUUUGGAUUACAGUUCCUUGGAGCCACUGAAAAUAUAUUAAUCGGAUACAACGAGGUUCUCAAGAAGUGGGACUUUUUUCUUUUGGAAUUAUCCAAGGUCAAAAAGGUGACAUUAGACUGUAAGUGGGUCGAAAUAUUUUCUUAUUUGAUCGACGAAAUAACAAGUAAUUGUGACAGCUUAUUAAAGCAAUUAAAGACUGAUCUGAAUGUUACCGAUGAUAUUGGUAGGGCCUACAAGCUUUGUUCUAAUUCGAUAACAUUAAUCACAAAGGCUUUUAAUGAAAAAAUUGUUUAUGAUAACGAUUUGUUUGUUCGAUUCAAUGAGAGCUUGUUGCAAAUUUGGAAUGAAUUAAAUGAUAUUCUAACAAAUUCAACUCAGGCUCCAGCUUCGAUUGGUGGUGCUGCAACGUCGGUCUCAGUUGGUUUAAAAUCAUUCCAGAUUGUUAAGAAGGUUAGUGACUUGGCAAUCAAAGACUCUAUGUCAAACGGAUGCGGAUUCGAUCUACGACUUGGGGUAGAGACCACCAAAGUGCCCUUCAGUAUUGAGAAGAGAAAUAGAAUUAGGGAUGUAUUCGAUGAAGAUCCAACUCUUAAGGGUAAAUCACUUAAGAAUGCAUUCGCAAACUUCACACUUGGGAAUGAAAGAGAAGAUGAUGAACUCACUUUAGUUAAUAAAACUCCGAACCUCCAGCAUGAAUCUACAAUAGAUACGAGACUAAAAGAUAAAAUUUUCGAUUCUAAUGAGUUCUUGAACAGCCUUACCGAAAACAAAUUAGGUAUUCCUUCUGAGAUUCCAAUUAUUGCGGCUGAUUACUUCGAUCGCAGAUUACCAAGUAUCAAGAAAAUGGACAGUUCAAAUCUAUGUAAAAUACCUACGAUAUGUCCAAGUCACCGCAUCUUUCAAUCACCUGUACGAAUGUCUCGUGAACCUUUGGCAGUGACAAAGCAGUCAACUCAAAGGGCUUCGAUUGGAUUGACGUACUCGGAAACUGACAUAUUUCGCCGACCUUUAUCUAGAAACACAUCUCCGAAUAGGUAUCCUUCGAGGGAUAGUUCGCGCUCAGGUUCAUCAUUAGGAGGGACUUUUACUCCUGACUUAUCCUAUAAACCAAUACAGACUAAGCUGAGAACCCCAUCAUUUAAUUCAACUUCUCCAGAGCGACCCCCUUCCUCAAUCGGUUCAAGGUUCGACGAGGAACACUUAGUUCAACCCUUAAAGCCCAUCAAACCUACCUGGAAGUGA